GGAUCCACUUCGCGGACUUUAACAGUUGGGAAUUAGCUGCAACCUUCAACAUGCCGUCCAAGCCUGCCCCAAUCAAGAAGGCGGCGAAGAAAGAGCCUGCCAAGAAGGAGGAGGAAAAGGCCCCGGAGCCCGCUCCAGAGCCCGAGCCGGCUCCUGCAGAGGCUGCUCCUGCCCCCGCUGAGGAGGCCGCCCCUGCCCCCGCAGAGGGCGAAGCUGCACCUGCCCCGGAGGCUGCACCCGCCGACGCUGCUGCCCCUGCUGCAGACGGACCUGCUGAAGCUCCUGCUGAGGCUGCUGCCCCUGCUGCAGAUGGACCUGCUGAAGCUCCUGCUGAGGCUGCUGCCCCUGCUGCAGACGGACCUGCUGAAGCUCCUGCUGAGGCUGCUGCCCCUGCUGCAGAGGGAACUGCUGAAGCGCCUGCUGAGGCUGCUGCUCCUGCUGCAGAAGGAUCUCCCGAAGCUCCUGCCGUUGCCGAUGCUCCUGCUCCCGCUGCAGACGAAGCUGCUCCUGCUGCUGAGUCCGAGACACCUGCUGAGGGUGAAGCUGCACCAGAGGAGCCCAAACCACCCACUCCCCCACCUCCUCCACCCAAAGAGCCCACCAGUGCUCCCCUUGACCUGUUUGUUGAGGACAAGAAUGAUACCUCUGUUACCAUUAUCUGGAGCCAGCCAGAGGUCAUUGGAGUGUCUGGUUUGGACGGAUACACUAUUGAAAUUUGCAAAGAAGGAACUGAGGACUGGAAGGCGGUCAACGAGGACCUGCAGAAGUCGUGCCGUUAUGUCAUCAAGAACCAGACGACUGGGGACCGCCUGAAGAUCCGUGUAGUGGCUGUGAAUGAGGGUGGACGCAGCCCUCCUGUUGCCCUCCCUGAACCUGUUCUGGUCAAGGAGGUUGCUGAUCGUCCCAAAGUUCGUCUGCCCCGCUUCCUCAGGCAGAGAUACGUCGCUCAUGUGGGAGACAAGAUCAAUCUGACUAUCCCAUUCACAGGCAAGCCUAAACCUGUUGUAAGCUGGACAAAGAAUGGUGAGCCCCUGGACACUAAGAGGGUGAAUAUUCGCAGCACAGAUAGAGACAGCAUUUUGUUUAUCCGUGCGGCUGAGAGAGAUGACUCUGGAGUCUAUGAGAUGAGCGUCAAAGUGGAAGACUUUGAGGAUAAAGCUUCACUGACCUUGCAGAUUGUUGAGCUGCCAGGUCCCCCAGCCAGUGUUAAAAUUGCUGAUGUCUGGGGCUUCAAUGUUGCUCUGGAAUGGACUGCACCCAAAGACAAUGGAAACACAGAAAUCACAGGCUACACAAUUCAGAAGGCUGACAAGAAGACCGGAGAAUGGUUCACUGUGCUGGAGCAUUACCAUAGACUGAAUGCCACCAUCUCUGACCUCAUCAUGGGCAACACCUACAAGUUCAGAGUAUUCUCUGAGAACAAAUGUGGAAUCAGUGAGGACGCUACUGUGACAAAAGACGAGGCCAAGAUCCAGAAGACAGGUAUUGACUACAAACCACCUGAGUACAAGGAGCACGACUUCACUGAGGCCCCCAAAUUUACCACCAACCUAAGCGACAGAGCUACUACUGUUGGUUAUAGCACCAAGCUGCUCUGCUCUGUCAGAGGAUCCCCAAAGCCCAAGAUCGAAUGGAUGAAGAACCAGAUGAUUAUUGGAGAUGACCCUAAGUUCAGGCAGAUCUGUGUCCAGGGCAUCUGCUCUUUGGAGAUUCGUAAACCCGGUAACUUUGACGGUGGUGUAUACACUUGCAGAGCCAAGAAUGACCAUGGAGAGGCGAUUGUCAGCUGCAAGCUGGAGGUCAAACAGCCUAUUAAUCCUGAUGCAGAGAAGAAAUAAGCCAACACUUUCAAAGGAGCAGAGGGAGUGAGGCCUUUACAGCGUGCGGAAGGUGCUGGAUUCCUGGAAGAACGUGUAUAUAUGGCUGGUGACCACACUAUCAGAUAGUAUUGCCUGUGCUAUCCAGUGUUAGGAACUUAGGAUGAACAAUUGUUGUUGCUUCAUGACUUAUUCUUUCUUAUUCGAAGUCCAUGAAAGUCCAUGUCCAAAAUCUGCUUUUUUUCCCCAACAAGUCCAUCACAGUCAUGUUCUACAUCAUGAAUCUGCAGUUCCUCUUAGGAGAAUUCUUUGUAACAUCAUUGUUUAUAACAAUAAAUCAUUUAAUUUAUG